UGCCGCCACUAAUAAUAAUAAUAAUAAAAUGGUUAGUAGAGUAUCCAAGAGUAUCAGUACCUUGACUAGCCACGUGAAUAGUAUUUCAUCGUUAUUAUGAUAUUAACUUAGGAACAUGUCAAGUGAUGUCGAGAAAAAAGGAUAGGAAAAAUGGAAAAGAGUGACUGACAAACUGACAAAUGAGUGGUAGCAAGUUUCUGAAACGUCAAAUAAAUGGCCUUAACUACUAGAGUACUGUUAUAAAUAUCUAUUACAAAUUAGAAAUCAAAGAAAUACCCUACAAUAACGUUUCAAAACAUUUUUCUAAUAUGGAAGUGGAAACCAAGCCUUUUGAGGAGGUUAAGAAUGAGGGAUCAUCAGGUGGAUCUUUCAAUUUUGUUCAUGUAAAUGUAAACGUGAAGCAAGAAGAAGCUGAUGAUAAGGAAUUUAAAAACAAUUUCGGAGAAAUUAAUGUGAAGAAAGAAUCCAUUUCAGAAGAUGAAGACUCAUCCAGUGGAACUUCUGAAAGCAGUUCAAACAAUGCCAGUACUUUCCAUACAGACAGCAAUUCUAGUGAAGACUUUUUUGAGAACAGUGUCAAAAAUGAGUCAGAGCGUCGUAAAAAUAAUACCUCUGAUAGUGAUUACUUAGAAAUUCAAAAUAUGAACAAUUCUAGUAACAGUUUUGAAAAUGCCAUUGGACAUGUGAUAGACAAUGAAACUGAAAGUGAAAAUGAGAAUGAAAAAGAAGAACUAGAUUCUUUGGCUUGUAGAGUGUGCAAAGUGAAAUUUCCAGAUGAAAAUUGCCUGGAUUCCCAUAAGAAAAAACCGGCCCUUGAAAGAUCUUUUGAUUGCUGUGCAUGUGGUAAAGCUUUUAGGGAUAUGACACAAUUAAAUGUCCAUACCAGAAAGCACACAGGUGAAAAGCCUUACCAAUGUAGAUUCUGUAGGAAACGUUUUUCAAUCAAUGGUAACCUGAACAAGCAUAUCCGUACUCACACAGGAGAAAAACGCUUUGAAUGUGAUGUGUGCAAUAGAAAGUUUACCCAAUUUGCCCAUUUAGAGGACCAUCUAAAAACCCACUCCCUUGACCGUCCUUUUGUUUGUGACCAUUGUGAGAGUUCCUUCAAGACCAAGGCAAGAUUAAGAAAACACAUUAAAUCCCAUGAUAGGGAUGCUAAAAAGAAAGUAUUACCCUGUCCGAUAUGCUACAAAUCAUUCUGGAGUUCUAAACAGCUCCUGAAUCACAUGACCCGUCAUUCCGAAAGUACCAAUCCUUUUAUGUGCAAGAUAUGUGAAAAGGAAUUCAAGGAUUAUCCUACCCUCACCAACCACAUGAGAACUCACAAGAAAACUCACAUUCGUCCAUUCAAGUGCCACAUGUGUGACAAAGCUUUUGCUUCAUCCAGUCAUCUCAGAAGACACCUCAACUCACAUGCAGGUAUCAAACCAUAUAUAUGUGAGUUGUGUAUGAGGGGAUUCCCAAAUUCACAGAACCUCAAACGACACAUGAAAACGCAUACGGGAGAAAAACCACAUGUAUGUGAAACAUGCCAAAGAGCCUUCUUGUCAUUGGAAAACCUCAAUAGACACAUGAGAAUACACACAGGAGAAAAACCUUACUCUUGUCCCAUGUGCGAUCGCAAAUUUGCCCACAGUACCACCGCAAAGGAACAUCUCAGGGUGCACACUGGCGAACAGCCCUUCGGAUGUAGUACCUGUGGAAAACGAUUUCGUAUUAAUAAAGAACUAUAUAAACACAUCCGCAAUAAGCAUCCCGAACAUAUGAAUAAAAAUUUUUCGGAUAAAAGUGUGGAAAAUCCCUUCUCGGCGCAGCUAGUUUUCAUCAAAAAUGAAAAAAUUGAUCCAGAAUCGGACGAUUCAAAUGGAGAAAUUGUUUAAAUGUUAAAAAAGUUGUUAAUAAUUGACUAGAUCAAUUUGUUGUUUUUUAUUGUUAUAUCUGCAUCAUCAGGCAGAUUCUGAUUAACGUAUUCGUUGGAUUUCGAAUUAGUGACGCACAUAGAGUUAAUAGAAUUAGGGUGGGCAAGCUCAUCGGGAAAAGAAAGAAACGAAAAAUAAAGGGACCUCAUAUGUAGCUGUUUUCAUGCACACUGAUAGUGAACUGUGCCGGUCAAUCAGAAACAUCAUUAAAUAGGAACAGGGGGAGAAAGGGUUCCAUUAUUUUUCAUUUUAUAUCUCAGUCAGAGUACAGAGUUGCAUGGAACUUGCCUACUCUUCUAUUAUCUCUAUGGUGACGCGCAGAACAUGUGGGUAAUAAAUUGUACCAAAAGGAUUGAACGUCACCAUUAAAAUCAGGACCCAUUCUGCACGGCAAGAAUAAAUUAACAAUUAGGGGUUCCUCAUUGGUACACCAUUAUUUUAUUAAAAACAAAUUAAUAUAUACAGGGUGAUCGAGAUAUGUAAUGUAUAAUGUGAAUAGGUACUUAUAUGUACUUGUACUAACUAUAAAUCCAAAUACAAUUUGUUACAAAAUAAUAAUUGCAGAAAUAAGCAAAUACAAUACUUUUGUUAAAGAAAGUGCCGUAUUUACGCCUUAAAAACAAGGAAUGUUGUUUCCUAUUUCAGUGAUAAAUAUUUAUUGUCACCAACCGAUAAUUUCAAUUAUUAAACAAAAAUUUAUUGUUUGUUAUAUUUACCUACAGUAACGCUUACUUGUAAAGUCACCAUGAUUAUGUUAUAUAAAAAAAGUCGCCAAUAAUCGUACUUUUUGAACAAUAAGUGCAAUUGUACUUUAAAUAAAUAUAUUAAUUGUUUAAUUUCAACGUAAUAUGCUUUUUACGAUUUAUCGAAUGUCUUUUCCUUCAAACAUCUAGUAACAUUUUCAAAAGAAAUGCAAUGACAACACGAAAUAAAAAAAAUAGAAAGCCUUGGUUUGAAAAUUCCAAUGUAGGUUAUUUUCCCGAAAUUUUUGCUUUAAAAGUUGACCAGUACAGCAAGACCAUUAAAAUUUGAAUGGAAUAAAAUUUUGUUAAGUGUUCAAUGAAGGUGUAAAAGUACGUUUUUCGAUGUGACAAAAUGACAAGACCAAAUUACUGAAUGACCACAACAAAUAUGAAAGAUGUUGCACGAGAUGAUCCACAAAGUUCUGCAGGGGCGAGAACUUCUAACUCGAUGGCCUUACUAGACGGCAAUGCGUUCAGAGUAAGACUAAUGCAUUUCAAGUGCCCCAUUAUAAAAGCAGUUAAAUGUCAAAUAACGCAUGCAGAUGAAAAAUUUAAUGAAGAAAUCCAAAGUAUAAGAUCGUAGUAGAUUACCUGAACCUUUUUUAGGAACAAUUCGUGGAAGAAAAGACUUCAUAAAUACCGUCGGUAUUUAUUAACUUUAGUAUUAUUGGUAUUUUUAACGUGGCUCUUGUUAUUGUAUGGGGCUUUUUUUGGAAUUACGCUUUGUGGAAAUUCGGGUUCGUGUUCAAGAUCCCCAUCAAGUUACGGAGACAACGAUCUUUGGAAAAAAAAUCCACACGGCAUCUACUAGAAAAAAAUACCCGAGAAUUAUUUAGAAUCAUUUAUUACGCCCUUUUACACAUUUUUUCUGUACGCCUUAAAAUCAUGUGCUUCUUUAUUAUUUUUAUACCUGUAAGUGUUGCUGUGGUGUUCACUCUGUUGCGAAUUAUAUGAAUUUUAUAACAGUUCAAUUGUAUGUAAAUUGUAAAAAUUGAAUUUGACGCCAUUAAAUUGUAAAGUUCCUUUUUAAGAUAGCAAUUAAUAAACAUACUUUUUUUAAAUA